AUGAACAUCAAGGGCCUGUUCGCGAUCGCACUUGUGGCGCUCCUGGGUGUCGCCAACGGCGAGUCAGCAGUGCAGGAGGCCGAUACCGCCGUGACGCGCGAGCUGCAGAUCGCCGACUUCAGCACCAAGCUGGCACUCGCCAUCAACAGCAAGCGCGCCGAGAAGGGGCUCAAGGCCGUCUGUAUCAACAAGAAGCUCAUGAAGGCGGCCCAGGUCCAGGCCGACUACAUGGCCCAGACCAACAAGGUCGGCACCACGGGAUCGGGCGGAUCCACGCCCACGAUUCGCUACGCCACGCAGCACAUCGCCACCUCCAAGUCGGCCGAGAUGGUCGCCGCGGGCCAGACCACCGUGAACGCCGUCGUGGACACGUGGGUCAAGUCUGCCGGCGCGUACCUGUUCAGCGACCUCAAGUUCAUCGGCCCCGGCUACCGCUACGACGCCACCAAAGAGUACAAGCACUACUGGGUGCUCGACAUGGCCAACGCGGACGGCGAGGUCUGCAUGUAG